AUUAGGUUAAGUCUCCUCGCCAUGUGGAUUUGUUUUUAACCAAGUAUCAUCAUGUCAGAACCGCUACCAUUGCCACAAAAAAAGUAUUAUCGUCAACGUGCCCAUUCGAAUCCGAUAGCAGACCACUGUAUAGAAUAUCCCAUAAAACCUAAUUUAAUGGACUGGAGUUCACUAUUUCCACAUUAUUUUUCCAUCAACAAAGAAGAGUCUAAAGAAAACAAUGUUUCAAACAAAUGUGUUGAAUUUGCUGAUAUCGGUUGUGGCUAUGGAGGAUUACUUGUUACAUUGUCACCUAUGUUUCCUGACAAUUUGAUUGUUGGUAUGGAGAUCAGAGUAAAAGUGUCUGACUAUGUUAUGGAUCGUAUAGCUGCUUUAAGAUCACAACAUCCUGGACAGUAUCAAAAUAUUGCAUGCUUAAGAACUAAUGCAAUGAAGUAUUUGCCAAAUUACUUUCACAAAGGCCAGCUAAAGAAAAUGUUCUUUUUAUACCCAGAUCCACAUUUUAAGAAAUCAAAACACAAAUGGAGAAUAAUAAACAAAACACUUCUGGCAGAAUAUGCUUAUGUGUUAGCUGAAGGAGCCAUUGUAUAUACAGUGACAGAUGUCAAGGACUUACAUGAAUGGAUAGUGAGUCAUUUUCAAGAACAUCCAUUAUUUGAUGAAGUUCCUAAAGAAGAAUUGGAUAAAGAUCCUAUUGUGGAGAAGUUGUACGAAAGCACGGAAGAAGGACAAAAAGUGACCAGAAAUAAAGGAGAUAAGUUUCUCGCUGUAUUCAAACGCAUUCCUGAUCCGUAUAAUAAAGAAAUAAAUUAAUAUUAAAAUUUA